AUGGCUAGACGUAAAGGAAACGGUCCUUCUGGCAAUAGACCACGCCAAUCUAAUGCUUCCUCAAGUUCGGGGUCCGCUGCAGGGGGCCCUUCGGCGCUGAGUCGGGGUUCUGCUCAAGCCACACUUGCUCACGAAGUCGAAUCCACUGAUAGUGGUAACCGUGGUUCCGUUUCCGAUAAUGGCUCUGCAGAGGGUUGGCAGACUACUAGUGGCCCCAAAACAGCUACCCGGCGCAAGUUUCUCCCAAAGAAUGGGAAUGGACCCCCACGCAAAGACAAACAUGAACUUCCGGCACUAAAAAUCGAAGGUGCUCCCGAUGACGACGACGAUGACGAAGAAGAGACUGCUUCCUGGGGCCCUGCCACUGGGGGUGGGCCACCAACUCAGACUAAGGGUGUUCCAAAGAACCCACUUGUGGCAAUCUUUGAGACGGAGAGCACUGAAGAAUCCCCUGACGCAUGGCGACGCUGUCCAGAAGUUCCCUCAGUUACAGAACUGCUUCGCGAGCGAGUCGAACUUCCAAUCAAUGUGAUUGACGGCCCAUACGAUUCUGUUGACGACUACUUGGAAGCGCACUAUGAGCUCUUGAAGGAGGACGCAUUUGCCGGGCUCAGAGAAGCCGUCAGCCAUAUGAGACAAUAUCCAGACGCGGAAGAUACGAAUGACCUUGCUGUCUAUGAUCACGUUCGCGUACUAGGCCUGACAUUUGCUCCAAUGGGCGUCUGUUGCAAAGUCUCUUUCUCCCUUAAUCGUGCGGGUAAGAGAGUCCGUUGGGAGAAUUCUAAGCGUCUUCUUCCCGGAACUUUGGUCUGCCUUUCCAACGACAAUUUCAAGACUUUAAAGCUAGCAACAGUCGCAGCACGGCCAAAGGCUGGACUGGAAAUGCCGAUGCCCGAGGUGGAUCUUUUAUUCACCGAAGGGGAAACUGAGUUUGAUUCCACAGAGACCUUUAUUAUGGUCGAGUCAAGGCAAGGAUACUUCGAAGCGUAUAAAUGGACUCUGAAGGCAUUGCAGAGAAUGAAUAGAGACAACUUUUUGCUUCAUGAACACAUAUGUUUUUUGAAUCAGAGCGUGCCUCCUCCGGACUACCUAAAAGACUCACCGACACUUAACCUAUCGUCCCUUUUUCCAGAUGUUCAUGAUAAGGAAUCACUUGAAGAAGUCAACAUAUUACAUAACUGGCCCAUCACAAUUCAGAGCACUAUGGAUAAAACACAACUGCGGGCUCUGAAGACUAUCCUAACAAAUAGGGUUGCGAUUGUUCAAGGUCCCCCUGGGACAGGAAAAACCACGGUCAGUGUAGUGGCCCUAAAGGCUAUGAUCAAGAAUAUGGACCGGGACGAUCCCCCAAUUGUUAUUGCGUGUCAGACCAAUCAUGCGCUCGGUGAGAAUCUUCGGGCGAUCACCUAUGAAGAUGAUGAGCAGCCUACAGGAGCAAUGUCUGAUUGGCUCGGCGACUCAUUCACACAUAUAAUCGUUGCAGCUAACCUAUCGGAUGAGUACGAAGAAGCCGAUAUCGAUUAUGAGGCAUUGAGGGAAAUGGAAGCCGAAUUCCAGACUACUCUCCAGGCUGACGAAUUCGAUGACUCUCUUAAAGGGCGUUGGAUGCCGUUGGCCCAUAAGUACCGUGUUCACGUUCCAUUCAUGGCUAGCGAGGAUGAGCUUCGGCGAGCAAUGAGGACAAAGAACGUCUGGGAGAUUAGUGACCACAUUAGGCCGGCGAUGUAUCAGCGCCUCAAGCUACGGGUCGUAGCAGAGGUUCGGAAGAAGUUUGACGAGUACAAUAUCAUGUACCAGAGGCUUGUUAGGGAUAUAAAGAUUGCUAGGCUAGAAAAAUAUGCUCACAUUUUAGGAUCGGCUAAAAUAGUUGGCUUGACUACGACAGGUCUAAGCAAAAACAGGAGUCUGCUGGCAGCCGUACAGCCCAGAGUAUUGUUAAUAGAGGAGGCAGCGGAGACCUUGGAAGGCCUUGUGACGGCCGGGUGCAUGCCCAGUAUUGAACACCUUAUUUUGGUCGGAGACCAUAAGCAGUUGAGGGGGCAUUGUGCGGUCUCCGAACUUGCGGGGGCACCAUUCAACUUAGAGAUAUCAAUGUUUGAACGGCUAGUCAAUAACAUGCUACCCUUCGAUAUGCUCCAAAAACAGAGACGUAUGAGACCAGAGAUCCGUGAGUUACUAACGCCGAUUUAUCAAGACUUGGUUGAGGAUCAUAGUUGUGUUCUGGGUCGGCCGGGUAUCCCUGGGAUGGGUGAUACUCAUGUAUUCUGGUACUCUCAUAUGAAUCCGGAUCAAAUGGAUAGUGGCACAUCCCGUAUCAAUACCGAAGAAGCCGCCAUGAUAGUUGGCUUCAUCGAGCAUCUCGUACUGAACAAAACACGCCCUGAGAAAAUUACCGUUCUCACCUUCUAUGGUGGGCAAAAGCAUGAGAUCAUUAAGCGUGUCCGAAAGAACAACAACCUGAAGUCCUGCGACCUCAGAAUUACCACUGUGGAUAGCUACCAAGGUGAAGAAAACGAUGUUAUAAUUUUGAGUUUGGUGCGGAGCAAUCCUCAGGGGAAUGUGGGGUUUUUGAACGUCCAAAACCGUAUUUGUGUUGCUCUGUCUCGCGCACAGCUUGGGUUCUACAUCUUUGGGGAUGCACAAAUGAUUACUAGGGCAGACAAGACUUGGUGGGAGAUUGGCAAGAUUCUAAAUACAUCCCCAAGUCGGAUUGGCUUUGCAAUGCCAAUUGUUUGCCAGAGACAUGGGAAGCUCGAAUUUAUCAAAGAGAGCCAGGACUGGGUCGAUAUAGUCGGGGGAUGUUACCAAUGGUGCAAAGAAUUAUUGCCUUGCUCGCAUACCUGUCGCUUUAGAUGCCACCCAUUCGAUCACAAGGAUAUCCGAUGCCUAGAUCCCUGUCUUAAGCGCCUUGUAUGCGGCCAUCAAUGCCAAGAGGAUUGUUACAAACCUUGCUACUGCCCAAAGUGUGAUGAGAAGCGAGUGCUUUCCGACGAAAGAUCAGACCCCUCAAGCCCCAGAGCAUCGACCCGUUCUGAAAGCACACCAAGCUGUCUCACCCCUGUUCAGCCCACUACCUCCUCUUCUCUUAUAGAUACGAGCUCAACCCAUGAUAGCGCGUGGAAUUAUCAGGAUAUACGUAAUGAGGGAUCUCAUGCAAAGGCAAGACCAGCAAUCUCCCAGAGAGGCAGGGCAGAGUCGGAUGUUCCUUCUUCAGACAAGAGCCAGCAGGUUGUUGACACUCGCACCUCCAAUCUUUCAGGUCAACCUAUUGUUGUGAAUGCCCAGAGGUCCCUUGGAUCCCGAGGUGGGAACGUCUUACCCAAGCCAGCCGCAGCAAUUGCAGCGGGAGGGAACGACGGAAGCCCAGCCGCCCAGCCAACCAACUCGAUAAUGGAAGUCAGGGGCCCAAUAACGGAGAGGAGGAUAGUCGGUGGGAGCGGUCCAAUGACCACUUUUGGACCCACUCCCGCCCAGCAAGGUUCCUCCUCUAGAGCUAUCCCAAGGCGUCCUCAAGUCCCAAAAGCAGGGGAGCAAGGUUUCUUCCAUACAAGCCCAAGUUCUCCCACUCCGGGGCUCUCUUCUUACUCUAAACCUAUGGGUAGAGGAAGACAGCAAAACGGAAGUCCCAAUACUAACACUCGGCAGCCAGCAACCUGGAGCUCCGUAGCUAGUAAGCCCCAGCCCCAAACAAACAAACUCCCGGAUGGUGGGGCAAACCGCUACAGUGGAGGCUACACUCGCCGCUAA